AUGGCCGACCUCUUCCACGACUUCCCACCCCUCAGAAAUGACCUCCUCCUCCGCACCGCCCGCGGCGAAAAAGUCGAACGCCCACCAUGCUGGGUCAUGCGACAAGCCGGCCGCUACCUGCCCGAAUACCACCAAGAAAAAGGCCAGCACGACUUCUUCGAAUGCUGUCGGUCGCCUGAGAUCGCGUCAAACCUGACCCUCCAGCCCAUCGAUCGGUUUGAAGGCCUCAUCGAUGCUGCCAUUAUUUUCUCAGACAUUCUGGUUAUUCCGCAAGCGAUGGGGAUGGAAGUCGUCAUGGUUGAUGGGAAGGGUCCGCAUUUCCCGGAGCCGCUGGGGAGUCCCGAGGAUAAGCAGUAUGGCGAGGUGAUGGGAAGGGAUGUGGAUGUUAAGGUGAGCCUGAGUUAUGUCUAUGAGGCGAUAACGAUGACGAGGAAGAAGCUGGACGGGAGGGUGCCGUUGUAUGGAUUCUGCGGUGCGCCGUUUACGUUGUUGUGUUAUAUGGUUGAGGGAGGGGGGACCAAGGUUUUCAAGCAGACGAAGACGUGGAUUUAUAGGUAUGGGAAGGAGAGUAAGGCGUUGUUGCAGAAGAUUGCGGAGCUUUGUGUGGAGUAUUUGGCGCAUCAGGUUAUUGCGGGAGCGCAGAUUGUGCAGAUUUUUGAUUCGUGGGCGGGGGAGUUGAGUCCAACUACGUUUCAGGAGUUCUCGCUGCCGUAUUUGAACUGGAUUUGUGAUCAUUUGCCGGCGAGGUUGCAAGAGUUGGGGCAGGAGCGGGUGCCGAUGGUGGUGUUUGCGAAGGGAGCUUGGUAUGCUGUGGAAGAGCUGUGUCAGACGAAGUAUGAUAUUGUUGGCUUGGACUGGUUGCAUGAGCCGAAGGAGGCGUAUGCCAUUGCACAGAAGCAUGGAAAAGUGCUGCAGGGUAAUGCGGAUCCUGGUGUGCUUUACGGUGGGCAUGAGGCGAUUACCAAGGUUGUGAAGAACAUGGUUGAUGGGUUUGGCGGCGGAAAGCAAGGCUGGAUUGCGAAUCUUGGUCAUGGCAUCACACCAUGGGUCAAUCCCGAUGACCUCAAAUUCUACUUCCAGGAGAUACACCGGCUCUCAGGUGAAUACAGCUCCAGCUGA